AAGAGUUUGUGGAAACAAAUUCACUUCAUAAAAAAAGUGUAGACUGAAAACUAUUCUCGUUGUUUUCCAAUAUGAAAAUAAUUCUAAUUUCGCUUUGGCUGGUUGGCUUUGGGUCAUGCACAAAUGUUCCCAGGACGCCGCCCGUUCUGAUCUGGGGCAUCAGUUUACCUGAUGCUCGCAGCAUCUUUCAGGUAAUCAAGUCGAAUCAUUUUACGAGUCUGCUGCGGUCGCUGCUCAAAGAGCACAUGCUGAUCGUCUACUUUGAGCCGGCGUUGACCUCGAAGGAUUUAAGCUGCAUGGAGUGCUUUACGUAUCUGCGUGGCGUGCAGCCGCGCACCUAUUACAGCCAGGUGCAGGAUCCGAUCCUGAGCGUGGAACUGCUCUUCGCGGAACGCGAAGAGGAAAUGAUCUGGAACAGAAAAAGAACCAUGUUGACGCUGACCUGCCGCACGAAUAGCAUCCACGUAUACAACUUCAGAGAUUCAAAUCUGACCACACACGAUGAUUUUAUGGAAGCCGUGGCCAGUAACUUGGAGAACUGUCCGGUCAUCCAUCUGUACACGGCGCACGCGGAGCAGACGAAGGCGCUGCAGCGGCGCCUUCAGCGCGAGAACGACAUCAUGAAGUUGGGGAAGCCGACGACGACGACGACGACAACAACAACAACAUCAAAAAAGCCUAAAAUGGGAGACAGCGACGUCAGGGAGCACGUGCCGCGCAACCGUUCGGCGGAGGAUCCGCCAAUUGUUGUGCUGCGACAUCCGAAGGGUAUCCUUUCGCUGGACAAGAUUGUGUUCGCCGAGGAGAUACCGAAAGGCCUGAAUGUCUACUACAAGCGCAUUCACAUCUACCCGAGCGGCAAGUCGUCGCUGAGCCUGCAGCUGAGGGAUAAAGCGAAUAUUUUAAAGGGCGUCAACUUCAUUAUUGACACCUCGCUGGGCCCGCUAAAAAUUAAGUUGGCGCCCGUUGUCGGUUGUUGGCGCAUUCCAAAAUUAAUAUUCCAAAAUACGACAUUCAUACCCAGGGAUUUGCUGUUCUAUGGCAAGAGGUUUAGCUUCUGCUGCCACGCCGUGACCGCCUACUCGAGCCAAGGAGCGCGCCUCACCCUCUACUCGUUGAGCAUGGACGUUGUCCUUGUGGAUACCAUUUCGGCCAUGGAUCCCGACUAUAUGCCGAGGGCCUGUUGGCACUGUGAGGAAUAUCUGACGCCCGGCAUUACGCAGGCCAUAUUCACGGUGUCCAUACUGUUGUCCCUGUUAGGUCUGGGUCUAACCAUGUUUCUGGAGAUGGGUCGCAACAUGCGGAUGCCGAACAUUAAUGACCCGGAACCGCAUUUGAAGGUCGCCUCCGAGCGUUAAACGGAUCGGAAAGGGAUCGCGAACUUGAAAGGCGAACCUCGCCCGAACCAUCGUUGCACAUUCUACAAUUUUUCUAUAUUCUAAGCUAAUUCACUUGCCUACAAAUCUAAACACAAUGAGGAGACAGAGAGAGGGAGGGAUGUAUGGAGGGGGGGAGGAAGGUGCUUUAAUAGUAAAAUAGUGUCAUUGUCGCGUUUGUUGUUGUUUCUUAUUGUAUUGUUAUUGUUAUUAAUAAAUAUUACUAUUGUUGCUGUGCACACACAUAAA